AUGGGACAAGGAGCAUGGAGGGACUUGGCACAUGGAAGCAGCUCAACUGGAUACGCAAAGGAAGAAGGGAGAAGCCAUCUUGAAGACCAGCUCGACCGUCUACUCGACCAACCGGUCGAGUUCCUCAACUCGACCGGCCAAGCUUCAACUCGAUCGAGCUGGAAGUCAAAGUCAAACCCGAAAAAUGUACUAUGGCGGAUGGAAAGGAAGAUGAAGAAGAUUCGAACAAGAGUCUCAGUGAAUCCCUUCUGGAACAAUGAAGAAGCUCAUGAGGGAAGAGUUUGA